AUGCACACAGCUUCAAAACUUCGUGUCCCCAUCGUGUCCUUUCUCAAUGGAAUGGGGAAUGCCAUGCGUAAGGAGUUUGCAGCCUCAUUAACUCCGGCUGGCGACCUUUUCCGCUCUGGAAAACUGGAAAUCGUGGACGUCCCUGUGCCAAAACUUGUGGGCAAUACGCAAGACCCGCUGAAUGGCCACAAGAUGGACGACUCCGACGCUCCCAAAUGGGACCUCACGAUGGAGCAGGAACAGGUGAUAAGGCAAGCCAACGUCAUUGUCAUGGAUCAACAUUCUGGAGGUCCACUGUUCCUCACGCCUGAUGAAAGUCUGCCAAAGGAUAAGCGUGACAUCCUCCGCAACGUUGAAUGGGUGCAAGGCACAUAUGCGGGUGUGGAGCAGUAUUUGAAUCGACUACCGCAUGGGAAGAUGGAUAAACUACCAAGAUUCACAUUGACUCGGGCAGGGGGCUUUCUGCCUCGAAUUAUGGGUCAGUACGUCUUUGGAUACGUUACGAUGCUGGAAAGGAUGCUCUUCGAAGCGAGAGACUUUCAGAGAAACCGCGAAUACGCGAGAACGAAGCUGAUGCAGUUUAGACCACCACAGUCUGUGACGAUUGGCAUAUUGGGUUUGGGAGAUAUUGGUCAGGGCGUGGGGAGAAUGCUGCGAGGCGCGGGGUACAAGGUGCUUGGGUUCAAACGCCGUGUCCAUUCCGAGCUGGAUCGAGAUUUGGCGGCUUGUGCGACUCGUGUCACACGUAAUUUAGAGGAAGUGCUGUCACAAAGCGACUUUUUGGUGAAUGUCCUACCUAGCACGAGUUCAACACGCUAUUUACUGAACAAGAAGAACAUUGAGUUAUGUAGAGAGCGUAAGCCAGUCUUUAUUAACAUUGGACGAGGAGAUAUGGUUGCGGAGACGACAAUUAUUAACGCGCUGGAUGAUGGAGUGUGGUCUCGUGCAGUGUUGGAUGUAUUUGAGGAGGAGCCGCUACCACGUAAGAGUGCUCUGUGGACACAUCCAUCCGUGUUACUGACUCCACACGUAUCGGGCUUCGUGUUUGCAGAAGACGUGGCAAGUAUGUUUGUAGACAACUUCAAUCGUUAUUUGCGUGGCGAACCUGUGCUCUAUCAAGUCGACUGGACUGCUGGAUAUUGA